AUGGCCAUUUCAGACUCAAUUUCAAUAAUAGAGAAACAUCUUGAACAAGGUAAACUUGCAGAGGCAGAAUCUGAAUUAUCAAAGAUUCUGGAUAAUAACGAUCAGCCAUCAUUCAAAGUUCUUAUUCUGGAAUCACAGUUGUUAUUAAGGAAACAGGAGUAUUUAAAAUGUUCAGAUGUUACUAUAAAAGCAUUAAGAUUAGCUUACUCCAAUGGGAAGAGGGAACAAAUUUCGGAAAGUUUGAAAAUUCUGUCGAUGUUGAAUUUCAGAAAAAAGGAUUAUGAAAACGCAUUUAAAUAUAUAGUUUAUGCCAUAUCAUACGAUGAUAGUGCAAAAUCAGAGAUACAGAUGUUAAAGGGUGUGAUUGAAAACAAGUAUAGGAAGAAAAUUGCACCUGGUGAUACACAGUUAGGCGAAAAAGAGAGGGAGAUUUUAAAAAUGCCGCUCACAAAAGUGCUAGAUCUGUUGUCCCCUUCGUGCUCAUCAAAUCUUGCUACCUCUUCCAUUACAACUCUUCAUGAGUCAGAAGAAGGACAGCAACAACAACAAAAAAAGAAUAAAGCGAUAUUAAACCCAGUUGGGAAACAAGACGUUAGAUUUGAUUGGUUUGAUUCAGGGAGUACUGUGGAAAUAUCUAUAUAUGUCAAACGAAUUAACGAAAACACUGUUAAGACCAACAUAACCCCAACUUCACUUGAUUUAUCCUUCACAGAUUCUGAAAAUAAGAGCUACCAUUUUCAGAUACCGCAGUUAUAUGAUAGCAUAAAUGUUAAUGAGACAAGCUAUAAAGUAUAUGGCACAAAGCUUGCCUUAAACUUGGUUAAAAAUUCCAAAAAAUUAUGGACUGAUAUUAAAAGGCUUGAGGGAGAACAAGAUACCGAACUAAGCCUAUUUCCGAAGGAUGAACUUUCCGAUCAAACUAAAAGUGUGGCCUAUCCAACCUCGUCCUCAAAAAAAAUUGACUGGUCGAAAUUUGAGGUUGACGAUGACGAAGAUGCGGAGGGUGAUGGGCCUGAUGCAUUCUUUAAGAAGCUAUAUGAGGGAGCUGAUGAAAAUGCGAGAAGGGCAAUGAUGAAGAGCUUUAUUGAAAGUAACGGCACUACAUUAAGUACGGACUGGGGGGAGGUUGGUAAUAAAACCAUUGAACCUUACAAAGAUGGUAGCGAUCUUGAUAAUUAA